GUGACGGGGCGGCCCUCUGACGGACUGCGCGUGGCGGUCACUUCUGGGCAGAUUCAGAGACCAGAGACUCGCAUCUUGGGAGGUCCUUGGGGGGUCCGUUAUCAGCCCCCAACAUGUCUCAGUGGCAACAAAUCCAGAUGCUGGACAGUAUCCAUCGAGAGCAGGUGCACCGUCUCUACUCAGAUGAUUGUCUGCCAAUGGAAGUGCGGGAAUACCUAGCGUACUGGAUCGAAGAGCAGAACUGGAACCAGGUCAUGCAGUCUGACUGCUCCCAGGCCUACUGGCUUUUCCAAACCAUGCUGGCUCAUCUGGAUGACCAGCUGGGACGUCUUGCUUAUCAUGCAGAGAACAAUUCCAACAUGGUGCUCAAACACAACCUUCGCCGUUCUAAACUCGACCUACAGGCCAAGUAUGAAAAUCACCCGGAGGAGCUGGCCAACAUAAUUGAUGGUCUGUUGAGAGAGGAGAGGGCGAUUCUCGCAGCAGCAGCCACGGCAAACUCUCCCUCAAAGGUGGAGCCCCCACCUGAUACUACCGUGAUCACUGGCCAGGAAAACAACAUUGAGGACCGGCUGGCGGAGAUGCGGAAGGCGGUUCAGGGUCUCAAAAAUUUCAUAGGGCAGCUUGAGGAUCUGCAAGAGAUCUUUGAUUUCCGGUUCAAAGCGUACAAGAUAUUGGAAAAUUCAGCACCUUCUGAUCCUAGUCUCUGCAAGAAAUUGAAUGAGUUGCAAGUCCUGAUAAAUAACCUGGACCGUCACCGCAAGGAUGUGCUGGCCCAAAUCCAGGCCCUACUGGGCCGAUCGGACACUCUGAGGGACCUGUUGCUGUCAGAGCUAUCUAAGUGGAAAGAUUGCCAACGGCGGGCAUGUAUUGGGGAUGUUUGUGACACUACAUUACAACAACUGGAGAAAUGGUGCACAGGAAACGCUGAGGACCUUUUCCAUUUGCUCUUGGUGCUGCAGUACCUGGAGGACCUGCAUCGAAAGGUGACCUACAGUGGAGACCCGCUGCCGCUCCAGUUGCCCCAGUUAAAGCAGCGGCUGCAGGAGCAAAUUUCCUGCCUUUUAAAAAGUGCUUUUGUGGUGGAGAGUCAGCCUAAAAUGCCUUUCCCCAGUCGCCGACCACUGCUGCUGAAGACGAACAACAAGUUCUCUGUCCGUGUCAGGCUUCUGGUGAAGCUGAUGGAUCAAGACCACAAGAUGGAAGUGAAGAUUGAGAUUGACAGUGGCUCUGCAAAUUUGGUCGGGUUCCGAAGAUUCAACAUCUUGCCAUCAACAACCAAAACCAUGGUGAAGGACAGGCCCCAGGUGCAGGGCCUCGUCUGUGACUUCAGUCACAUUAUGCUGAAAGAGCAAAAACCUUGUGGCUCCGGUAAAGGGAAAGGUGGCAAAGGAGCCAGCGAGGGAUCAUUGCCCAUCACAGAGGAGCUGCAUGUCAUCACAUUCACACUAGAUUACUGCUACCUAGGUCUCAGGUGCCAACUGCAGACGUCCACUUUGCCGGUGGUGAUCUUCUCUAAUGUCAACCAGGCCUCCAGUGCCUGGGCCUCCAUCUUGUGGUUCAAUAUGCUUGGUGCGGACCCAAAGAACCAGCUGUUUUUUUCCAAUCCGACUGCUGCCACUUGGGCCAAACUGUCAGAAGUGCUCAGUUGGCAAUUCUUAGAUGCUACUAAGCGAGGCCUUGAUGCGGAACAGCUGAAAAUGCUGGGAAAGAAGCUCUGUGGGCCGAAGGUAAAACCACAGAACAUAAUCACUUGGCACCAGUUCUGUAAGGAGACAUGUCCUCCCGGGGAGAACUUCUCGUUCUGGACUUGGCUUGAUGGAAUCUUAGGCCUGAUUCAAGAGCACUUGCUGGAACUCUGGAAGAAUAAUCUCAUCAUGGGGUUUGUGAGCCGCAAGCGUGAGAAGGAUCUGCUGAAGGAGAAGCGGGAGGGCACCUUCCUGCUGCGCUUCAGUGAAACUACCCGAGAUGGUGGGAUCACCUGCACCUGGGUGGGAUACAACAACGGGUCCCCAACGUUCCGCUCGGUUGUGCCCUACACCAAAGCGGAGCUGAAUUCCUUAGCGCUGCCUGACAUCAUCCAUGACUACCAGCUCUUAGCAGAGGAGGACAUCCCUGAGAAUCCACUCCGUUUCCUCUACCCGGACAUUCCCCGUAAUGAAGCUUUUGGUCCUUACUACAGUGAACGUCGGGAAGGUGACCUGAUGGAGCAGAGGAAAUACCUGAACCACCGUCUGAUCAGAGUCUCUUCUAGGCAUCCAGAUGAGCCCCGACUUCCAGGGGUAAACCUGCAGGAGCCCCAAAUUCCAGGCGUGAACCCACAGGAGCCACGACUUCUGAGCGUGAACCCACAGGAGCUACGACUUCUGAGCAUGAACCCACAGGAGCCCCAACUUCCAGGGGUGAACCCGCAGGAGCCCCAACUUCCGGGGGUGAACCCGCAGGAGCCACGACUUCUGAGCAUGAACCCACAGGAGCCACGACUUCUGAGCAUGAACCCACAGGGGCCACGACUUCUGAGCAUGAACCCACAGGAGCCCCAACUUCCAGGGGUGAACCCGCAGGAGCCCCGACUUCCGGGGGUGAACCCGCAGGAGCCACGACUUCUGAGCGUGAACCCACAGGAGCCCCAACUUCCAGGGGUGAACCCGCAGGAGCCCCAACUUCCGGGGGUGAACGAUGCAUUUCCCCUUGAUAAUAUGAAUGAAGUCAAUGUCUUACUUAGAAACGUUAUGCUUGAUGGGAAUGACCCUUUCCUUCCACCACCGGCCGAGGAUGAACAGGCAGAGUACCAUCAGCUGUUUGGGCUACCACAUGAGAUGCCAGAGCUAAUUUUGGAUGAUGCAGAUUUCUAGCUUUAUAGGCUUGGCAACAGGCUUUUGUUCAAAAAUCUAUCCUUCGGUAGGGGCAAUGAUGGCAGCUUCCUACAGAUGAGGGUCCUUUUCCAUCCACCUUUUUUUAUGCUCAACGAAAAGUAGGACCUUUCUUACUAAAAUUGUCUUGAGGAAAGGGCUGAAUCAGCAUAGGAAUUUGAGCCUGUAAGCUUGGCUUGAAGAACUGAGACCCAAACUACAUGAGAUGCCUGACAUGUUCUUCACGUCAGGUCCUGCAAGUUCCCUGGGUAGUGUAGUCUUAGAAAGAACAGCCGCUCCGCGCGAUUCUCCACUAGGGGAAGAGUGGUGGUGGGGAUUCUCUUUGUGCCUCUUGCAAAAAGCCUGCGAGAGCCUGGCGCAGAUAUAACAAGAGGCAGGAAAUCCAGGGCAGCUUUUUGCCAGAGGGAGAGAGAGAGAAUCGCCCCUACCACUCUUCUUCGCGGAGAAUCACAUCGCGGAUUCUCUUUUUCUCUUGCAAAAAGCCACCCUGGACUUCUUGCCUUCUGUUACAUCCACACACCCCGGCCCCCAAGCUUCUGGAGGAAAACUCAGGCGGAAGCUUUUUGCAAGAGACAGAGAGAAUUCCCCCGCCGCUCUUCCCCAGCAGUGAAUUGCAUAGAGUGACUGUUCUUUGAAAGACUACAAAGAGAGCUGUGCGCUCACCUUGGCGCUUUGUGUAGCUUCCCUCUGAAUGGGUGGUUUGGGAGAGCCAGGAAUGUAGCAUGUUUUGGUUUCCCUAAAUCAAUACAAGGUGUGUUUGGUACUAAAAGCCUUGUUGUUUCUCAGUAAUUUUAUCAAUAUGUCCAUGUUUUAGACUUACGAGAUGACCUUGUCAUAUCCGCUGGUUGAUUUGUAUCGUGUGGUCACAUUGUUACGUUGUUAAUUUGUUACCUGGUUAACUAAGUUGAAUUUUUUAAAAAAAGGAAUGUAGCAUAUAGAGCAAUGCUGAGCGGAUUUACAUUCUUCUGAAUUCAUGGGUUUCGAACGGUGCGGUUCAGGUUGGGAUUGUGCUGAUGGUGACCUAAAUACCUGGGUCAACAAGGAAUAGCCUAAAUAAAGUCAGGAGGUUACUGGGUCCUCUGGCCAUUUUGAUAACCAUAUUCCCAAUUCUGUUAUGGGAAAUAAACACAUCAACUUAAUGGGUGGUCUUUUGUUUUGUUUUCUACCAGAAUGACAUUUUACUAGAAUAUGAAUCAUUGGCUCUAAAUACUUGAUGAUGCUUUUUGGGAUCGUAAGGACUUAAUGGACCAGCAUUAAAGCCUACUGUUGUCUAAGAGGCCAGAUUGGCAUCUCCAUCUCCAUUGUUUGUAUAUUGAUUUUAGUUCUUGUUUUUAUCAAUUUUAACUGUUCACCGCCCAGAGCCCCUGGGGAUGGGCGGUAUAUAAAUUGAUAUAUAAAUUGGAAUAUAAAUAUAAAUAAAAAUCUAGGCAGGAAUUGAAAAAUGGUCUAGUUUUGAACAGCACAGGCGGGUAGUAGAGCUAGAAAAAUAUAGUUUGGAUAUAGUGAAAAACAAACAACUUUGGAGCUAUAUGAGAAUGAAGUUCCCGGCUGGCAGGAUCAGCUUUGGGGAUCUUGAGGUGUCGGAUCUAUGCUACUUGCAGUGGUAAUCUUGCCGUUCUUGUCUAUCCAUGCCUGCUUGCUUAUUGUCUGCCUGCUCACCCUGUAUAUAUUUGUGAAUUAAAACUGUUAUAAAACAUGA